UCCUCCUUACAGCAGCACCUCCUCCUCCUUCUCCUCACAGCAUCACCUCCUCCUCCUCCUGCAGAGACAACCCGAGCUCAGAGCCACGAAGAGACAAGAAGAAGACAUGGCCUCCUCACCUGCAGCGCUCCUCCUCCUCCUCCUCCUCUGCAUCAGCUUUACAUCAGCCGAGGUGGCGGUGGACUGCUGCCUGACGGUGUCCGGGAAGCCCCCCCCGCUGCCCCGCCUGCAGAGCUACACCCUGCAGGAAGCCGGGAGGGGAUGCCAAAUCAGCGCCGCCAGGUUCCUGACGAGGCUCGGGAGGACUCUGUGCGCCCCGCACCCGGCCGACGCCCGCUGGGUGAGGAGGUACAUCAGGUGCCUGGAGGAGAACCGGAGGAGGGCCCACUAGAGGCCGAGAGGCCGCCACCGGCACUUCCUGUUCCCAGAGGAUUCUGGGAAAAAGAAGCUCUUUUUGUCUUUUAUGACUCAAAGUUUCUGAAAUAAAGUUUCAUAUUAUU